GGGGUUCCGCACGCGCGUCUGCACGAGGUGGCAGCGAAAUGGAGGCCUUGGCUUCCACCCCGCCGUCCAGCUCAACGGCAACCUCAGCUGCGACUCCAGCGACUCCGGCCGUGCUGGAGCAACUGGACAAAGAACAGAUUAAAAAGGCAGUGGACGCUCUGUUGGCACAUUCCAAGUCCAGGAAAAACGCGAAUGGAUUGCUUUUGAAUGAGAAUGAAAAUUUCUUUUUAAUGGUGGUAUUAUGGAAAAUUCCAAGUAAAGAACUGAGGGUCAAAUUGGCCUUGCCUCAUGGUAUUCGAUCAGAUUUAGCAGAUAUCUGUUUAUUUACCAAGGACGAACCCAAUGUAACUCCUGAAAAGACAGAACGUUUUUAUAAGAAGCUUUUGAACAAGCAUGGAAUUAAAACCAUUUCUCAGAUUAUCCCCUUCCGCACUUUAAAAAAGGAAUAUAAGGCCUAUGAAGCCAAGCUCCGCCUCUUGGGCAGUUUUGAUCUCUUCCUUACUGAUGCGAGAAUCAGGCGGCUUCUACCCUCCCACCUCGGGAGACAUUUCUAUAACAGGAAGAAAGUUCCGAUACCUGUAAACCUUCUGGCCAAGAAUUUAUCCAGAGAGAUCAAUGAAUCUAUAGGUGGAACUGUCCUGAACAUCUCGAAAAGUGGUUCUUGCAGUACUAUACGCAUCGGUCACACUGGAAUGCAGGUUCAGCACAUCAUGGAGAACGUUGUUGCUGUCGCGAAACGGCUUUCACAGAAAUUGCCCGAGAAGUGGGAGAGUGUGAAACUCUUGUAUGUGAAAACUGAGAAAUCGGUCGCCCUUCCCAUCUUCUCUUCGUUUGUCAGCAGUCAAGAUGACGCCAAAGGAGUACGCACUCCUAGUCAGAAGAAAAAAGAAGCAAAGAAAAAACAAAGACAAAAAGAAUAUCUCGACAAACGAAGGGAGAACAAAAGAAACAAGAGGCUCUUAAAAUUGGCGGAAAAAAAGGCUAAACCUGCGCCAGCUGCAGGGCAGGCAGCCCCUACGACCAAUGGUGCUCCAGCGAAGGGCCCCACACCUCGGAAGGCAGGGACCCCAGCACGCAAGAAGAAACAGACCAGCGGAGGAAAAGCCCAAGUUAAAGUGCAAGACGAAUCCAAGGAGGAAAUCCCAGUGCUGGUACCUCUGGGGGAAACUCCAGCGAAAGAAAACGUGGAGAUACAAAAACAUGCCACAGUAAAGAAGUCUCCAAAAAAGAGUCCUGGCCCCAACACAGCUCAUGGGAAGAAGAGAAAGGCCUUCCUAGCCUUGGAGACCCCGAAAGCUGCAGAGCCCGAGACCCCAGGUAAAGGCCCAGGGAAGAAGCCAAGAAUCAAAGAAGAGGUGGAGAAAGAAAGAAACUCUUCAUUGGGGAAGAAAGACCCAAGACAGACUCCCAAAAAGCCAGAGGCCAAGUUCUUCACUACUGCUGGUAAAUCUGCCAGAAAAGCUGCCCACACCCCCAAACAGUGGCCCAAGAAACCCAGAGUGGCCCAAGAAACCCAGGGUGUCCCAGUCUACCUAGAGUCAGUGACUCCUCCAGAAGGAAGCGGCGGAGCUACUGAAGAGCUUUUUGACCACCGUUGCAAUCUUCUCCAAGAGUGAGGCCUAGACUUAAAUAGUUUUAAAACCUCCUGCAGUAAUUCUGAUAUAUGUUCGUGAGUGUAAGAACCAGUAGUUUGAAGUAAAUCCGUUUUUUUUAAUUCCUCUUCUGUGUAUUUACUAAUGUAACAGAGGGAAAAUACUGUGCUUCUCUGUGGUUGUGUUUUUUAUUAUUAAAGUGUAACCUUUGCUUCUGAGUGUACUGUGGACAUUCCAUGUCUUGUUGGUUUUACUUGAAUGCCUGUGAUGGGACCCUUUUCCUCACACAGACUCCAUUACGGUAGUUUGUGCAAAUGCUUCCAGAGCUGGUCUGCAGGCCCGUAAUGGGCUCGCUGCAUGCGAAUCAGCCGUGGAACUUUUGAAAAACUCGGGUUUCUUGGCCCUCAUGCUGAGAUGGUGUAUCCUGGUGGGUCUUGGAAAGGGCCCUGGAAUCAAAAUCAAAAUAAUUGAUUCCAGGGCCCAGGUGCUGGUCAGCCAAGGUUGUAAAUCACUGAGUUAGCGUACAUUUGGUGAGGGAAAUUAACAUGGAGUCGUUCAUAGAGGCACUGAGCUGAAUCCUGCAUGCUAACGGAGGAAAAUAAUGUCUUCCAGAAGCCUUGCCACCUUCCUCCAGAUUGCUCCUCACCCCAUAUAGAUUGACUCUAGGAUAGGAGACUUGGGAGCACAGACUGUUAAAUUUCGGGUGAUCGUCAAAUAUAUCCUGAGCCAGUGACUUCUCAGGUGCUCAGCUUUUCGCUGGAUUUGAGUUGGGGUACACAUCUCUAGUAGUAAGUGAGUGAUGGGUUCACCAUAGUACAGGAAAGGCCAAAGUCAGGCAUCCUUGCAAAGAUCACGUGGCUCAGGAACAUCAUGACGAAUAAAAGCUUUAGAUGAUUCUCCGGCAAGUCAUGGAGUCAAGUCAGCGUCGAGACAGCGUUUGCUUUUUAGCAGCACAAAUUAAAUUGUAAUGUUAACUUUUUAAAUCGUGAAAGCCUCUAAAAUACAAAAUAAUUUGUAAUUCCACUGUUCUUUUAGGCUUUUAAAAAUGAAUAUACAUUUAAUGUGUUGUAGGGGUUUAGCUUAAUUGAUUUGUUUUCCAUAAAAACUAGGUUCUGUGGGAAGGUGGUCAGAUAGACUUGCUUCGCUUAUUCAAAGGUGAAGAUUUACGUCUAGUGUUUUGCAUAGGGCAAACUCACAUACAUAAUCAUAUGGUCUGUUCUCAACAGGACAGUUUCCUGGGGAUAGCUAUGUUUUUUUAAUCCCAUCCUCUAGCCAAAUAAAGAUUUUGCAACAAUAAGUGAUUCUUUGACCUGUAGCUUAGUCCCUGUUGAAUAUGGUGCAGAUGUUUACCUUCCUAUUCUAUUGUGCAUCUAGUUUCACUCUAAUUCUCAAUGUUCUCUACUUUGAAAAAAGCAGAUUUAUCUAAGUUUCUUGAGAAGAAUGCUACUUUUUUGACAAUGGAAGCCACAGUUGAGGAACUGGUAAUAAUUAUGAAUUGCAGUGAAAAAGUCCAAAUCUUGGUGCUAGAUUUCCAAGGCUAAGAAGUAGAAAGAACACCUUACCUGGUGGCUGAAAGGGCUGUGAGCCAAUAGUGGUCUACCCAGGGGCCAGAGGAGUACUGGAGAUCUGUAAGUAAAUUACAUUCUUUUGUGGGUUAAGAGGUCUAGUAUGUGGCUGAUGUUUCAUUGGAAGUCGGUGAUGGGUUUCUGGAUCCAUCCUCCAUACCAUAGAGAUUUAAUGGACAAAACCAGGUCUGGUGGGAGAAAUCUGCAACGUUUUUGUUCUGAAGAGAUGUUUGAAUUUUAGUUAAUGUGUUUUUUAGGAACUGUAAUGAGCACAAAAAAUUUAAAAAUUUAAAUGCCUUGAAUGUAUUUAAGACAGUCCACAUGUUUAAUAAAGGUCACAUUGUAUAUUGUA